AUGUCUAGAUGGGCCUUCAGCUACACCCGCCUGAACAUCCACCUGGCCGCCGCUGCUGCCGCGGCCGGAGGUUGCAUCGUGGUGGACUCCACCCGAGCUGGCAAGCGCUUCCCAGACUCCUUCACCACGACGGUGCGCACCCACCACGACUUUGGUUUCGCGAAUGUUUGCUUCAUUUUGCGUUCAGCAACAGCACAGCAUGUCCUACGGCGAAAGGGUGGCGCGUGGCCGCUUGCCAAGGAGGUGCCCAUCUGGUGCUGCUUGCUCAACCGACUCGCGGCACCGACGAACGAUGACUCCGGUACCCCAUCUAGCGCCAGCAUCGGUGGUGAACGGAGCAGUGAAAAAUUUGAACAGGGAUCGUGCCCGCGGAAGGAGAACGGCAAUUUCUGGGACACCGCUCUGCAUACGCCAAGGUGGCUAAGCGCGUCGGAGGCCAGCCAGAUCGAGGAGCGCAUGCCCGGGUGGAUACAAGGGCUGGGAAACGCGAAGGAAGCCCUGUCCGAAAGGUUGAGGUCUUUCCUGAAGAAACCCCUGCGGGCCGUCUGGCUCAGCCCCGAGAGUCGUCUUGUGGAAAGAAUGUUACCAGCGUGUUCGGCGGCGGACCUAUCCUUCACGCCGGUCAUCUGCGUGUCCGCUUCAAAGGUUAUUGCGCCCGAGCGCCAUCGCGAGCACCACUCCUGGAUAUACCUUCAAGGCGCCGGAGAUGACGAGGAGCACUGGAGCUCCGGGAUUACCCCCGAGCAGUUCUGGGCCAAUUCCGAGCGUCUCAUAGGCCUGGCCAAGCGCGGCGACAGGGGGGCCUUCGAAGGGGUAAUCGCAGCGCUGAUCACCAGGAACAAGAAGAUGAACGCAAGCAGCCCUUGUGCGGGAGGCACCGAGUCGAGAAGCGGUAGUGGGGCUGCACGAAGCGAAGAAACACCGACAGGAGGAGGUCCGAGCAGCACCGAACGCCACGACGGAGGGGAGGAGCCAUGGCAACCCGGGGGGCCGGAAGUGCACGCGGUUCUCGGUGCCACGGGGCUAGUGGUGGGGAGCAUUGCCUACGCUGCGAGAAACUGGGCUUCUCACGGAACGGACUGCUCCUUGCUAAACCUUAGGAGCUCAGACCGCCGCGCGGCACCCUUGCGGGCGGGAUGCGGGGGCAAGGGCACGAACGGUCGGCUAUGUAGUUGCCCAGGAAGCCCUUGGCGUGUGAUGGUAACGGUACCGGAAAUCGUCUUGAUCUACCGUCCUUUGCACUCGUUUCGCACCCCAGGGAAGAAGGCAAAUCCGCCGAGGUAUUGGCAGAAGACUGUCUUUCCUGCCGCCUUGGUGUUCAUCGCGUCAGCUGUCGGGGACUUACGGCUGCCGCCGGCACGCAAGGGUAUGGCCACGGAUCAGUCGGCGGCCGUGAUUCAUGUACAACGCCACGGAGAAGCCGCGGAGCCUUUCGUCCACGAGGGGCCUCAUGUUGGUGAGGAGGCGGCGGCGAGUCCCGACAGGAACUUGCCGAGUUGCUGCGGUGGGAAGGUCGGAGAAACGAGUGCCGUGGACACACCCGACCCUGCGCGAUUGGAAGGGGCGGAAGGGAUAUCUUCGCCGGCGGAGGCGGACACAAGAGCGAUUGCGACGUCUUCUGCUCAACCACGUUUGCGGCAACAGUGCCAAGCAAAGCGCGGUGGUGCCGGGGUGACGAUGGGACCGGUCACCGCGGGUAAGUGCCUCGUAGUGUGUCCCACCGGAGCGGACGCUUCGGUAGUUGUCUGUCUCUGCGCUCUUGUGGCUUUCUUCCCUCCAGGCCCACAGGCCAACACUAACACGCCGUCUGGGAAUCAAAAUCAGCAGCCGCAGCAGCAGCAGCUGCUGUCACCAUCGUCGCGACACGCCCUUGUCGCCGAUGAGGCCGACGGCGGCAACUCCGGGCUGUGGUUAGGAGGCGGCGGGUUUUCGGUUCUUCCACGAACUGCUGCAGGCGUGGUGACCAAGUCCCAGUUGCGUUGGCGUUUUCUGCUGAUGCAGCAAGAGUGUCCUUGGGCGCACCCCCCGCGGCGCUCGAUGCAGGAGCUGAACGAGUACUUCAUGACGCCAGGAGAACACUCUUGGUGGACGUUGAGCGAUCGGUAUCAUCUCAGGGAGGCUGAUUCGCUCGAGCCUUCAGAUGCGGUACCCCCGAUGCAUAGAUAGCACCCGCGGGGGCAUACCCCGAGUAGGCCAGGCCGGCUUGAUUUUUUGGCGCGUUGGAGGGACACGUGGAGUAGAUGCCCUUGCUUUUUUCAGGGAGGUCUAGUGUGUUGUACUUCCUGUGCUACGCACUCGAAGCGCGCCGUGCUUUCGCCGACUAGCGCGGGCGAUGUUGCUCGAAAAACACCUCAAGGAGAACCCCUCCUCCACGGACCCACAUGCAGUUGUCAUCCGCUUGUAUCAACGUCGUUUCAUUCAUUAAGCCUGUUCCCGCGUUA